AGUUCCUUUCUGCUUCGCCUAAUAACUAGCAAACUAGUUUCCUUUUUAUGUUGUAUUUUGCAUUCACGCUGUCAAUCGUUCUUUACAUAAGACGGAUUCAUAUCUAAAGUAACUACGCCUGUAAUACGCUUAUAUUACGAAUCGAUGGAGUUUUACGAUAAUUAGCGUUAGCUAUAUGUAUGUCAAGGUACACUAGUAGUUUAAAGCUAGCUGAAUGGCUAGCACGGUGGUAGCGGUUACGGGAACAUCGACUUUGCUUACUGAUCAUCGUAUAAUUAGCUAGAUUAUUGCAUUUCACAACCCUCGGUUUUAGUGAAGAUAUGGCGUGGGAUAAACCAAGGCUGCCGUUCCCCAAAAAUGUAUACGGAAAUAUUGGCAUUGGUUGUCUUUGUCCUAUCGACUAGGCUUCCUUCCUCUCGAUUACUCAUGGCUCCUUUACUCACGUCUGCUGCUGGAAUUCACAUGCGAGACACGGACGACAGUUUUGUGCGAAUACUAGAAGCUCCCGCUUGUCCGACUUAAGUGCUUGUUAGCAACUAAUGUCCAAAAUUACUCAUUAACUUAGAGUGCAUAAAGUGGACUGUAGGACCGGUGAGGAACUGCAGAGGAGUGGCAAGUUUCUUAGUGAAUGAACCCAUUGUUUAAUGCUGGAGUGGACCAUGGAGAGAGAGUGCCAUGCUGGAAAACAAGGUCAGGGAGUGAGGAGAUGGGCUGCACCUCGGCCAAGCAGCUUUCGGCUGUCCCCGGCGAUGAGGAGGGGCGGGGCAAGGCCUACGGCAACGGAGAAGCCUUGUCUGAUGAGUACAAAAUGAAAGGACUUGAGAAGGUGAAAUAUGUGCAUGGAGAGGAGGAGCGAACGAACACACGCAACCAGGAGAACCUGGAAAAGAACACAUUGUUCCAUAAGGGCAAACACAAAGAUGCCAGUGGUAACAGUAAUAAGAUAAGCAUCCACUCCUCAGAGAGCCAACAGGAGUUCUUCAGGAUGCUGGAUGAAAAGAUUGAAAAGGGACGGGACUACUGCUCGGAAGAGGAAGAUGUGACAUAGCGUGGCACAGUUGAGAUCAGGCCAAUGGAGAACCAGUCCUGCCCUAACGUUGCUGAGAUGACUCCUUUCCUUUCCAGUUCCCUAAAAGAACUCCUCUGUUUAAACAAAAAGUUUUAACCCCCUAUUCCCUUUGUUUACAUUUACUGCAGCACAGCCAGUGGCCUUGCAGGUUAGUGCUCAAAUGGGCCCCUAGAACUGGCCCCCUGGAAGACAUUUUGGCAAGGAAAGAUUGAAAGGGAACUGGGACGAGUGCCGGAUUUCCACUGCGAGAACCGCUGUCGGACUGUACUUCAGUGCCCUGCCUUACACUACACAAGCCUGUAAGCCUUCUGCUUCCCACAGACGAGCAGGAAUCAAGAGAACCAGAGGGAGGUCCUGGACUUCAUUCACCUUUUGAAGAGGACAUGGAAUGAACAGUGUGUUGAAAUAAGUGACUUUGUUCCCUGUUUAGUGUCUACAGAACCUUAGCACAUCUUCUGUCUUUGCUGCACCGAGAGAGAAAGAUGAAUGGGAGUUGGCAUGAAUGACAAAGUAAGAGAGUGCGAAUGAAAUUGAGAAGGACUAGUUACUUCUGAGACCUAGAUGUUGGCAUUCUUUGCGGGAAGUCCUACACCAUUUGGUUUGUUUAACAUUUUGACCUUAAAAAGUAGGUGGACAGAAUUCCCCACCCCCCACCCCCAUGUAUUUUUGAGUCUGUUAUGUGUCACAAAUUUCUAUUUCAGCCCUUUCUUUUGGAUUUAAGUGUAACACUGCUCAGGAUGGUUGUGCUGUUAUUUUUUUAUUGUUAGAGGCAGUUCUCAGUGAAUGUCCUUGUUUGAGAGAAGCAUUGUUACUUUAGAACUUAAGGAGGUGCUGUCAUGUUGACUUAAGUCGAAUGACAACAAUAGUGUCAAGCAUAACCAAGUAUAGAGGGACCAGUUAUAAAGCAUCAUUAUGGGACUGUGUAGUUUCAUGACACAAAACAUACUUUUACAUUCUGUAAAAUGAUCAAACAAUACAGGUUUGCUGGAUUUCAAAAAUAAGAUUCUUAGUCUGAUGACUUGGUUUGAUUGUGUAAAAGGCUCAUGUAGGUUCAACUGUAUUUCUGUUCAUCGGAAGAGAAAAUGCAAAUAAGAACCUGAACUUUUUUUUAA